AAACCCCCAAUAUCCAGGGUCACUGCGCCUCCAGCAGCGCAGCCUGGGGUGUCCCUGGCAUGGUUCCGUGUCGAGCUGCUUUGGGGCUGCAGGGCGAGCGCCUCCUGCAGCUGGCCCACUCUCCCUGCAGCACCGGGGCUCUCCAGGUCCCAGCAGAGGCCCUGCCUGUGUGGGGCUGUUGGAGCCGAGGCCCAGCCUGACGUGCGCCCUCCCCCACCUCUCCCCAGCAAGCAUGUCCUGACAGAAGACCUUGUCCAGCGGGAGGUGACCGCAGACCACAAGCUGCUCUCCAGGCGGCUCCUCACCAAGACCAACAGGAUGCCCCGGUGGGCGGAGCGCUUCUUCCCGGCCAACGCCGCCCGCUUGGUGUACGUCCUGGAAGACUCCAUCGUGGACCCGCAGGCCCGCACCAUGACCACGUACACCCGGAACAUCAACCGACAGAAGCUGCAGGUGGUGGAGGAGCUCUGUGUGUAUUCCAUGAACCCAGAGAACAGCGGCUGGACUGAAGUCAGGCGGGAAAGACACGGGCAGGGCCGCAGGCCUCCUGAGAGCCUGGCUGAGGGGAGAGCUGCCGGGCUCACAGCUGGCUUACGCUUGCUCCUUGCAGGGGAAGCUCCCUCCAAGACCUUGGUGGAGACGGCGAAGGAAGCCACGGAGAAGGCCAAGGAGACAGCCCUAGCGGCCACGGAGAAGGCCAAGGACCUGGCCAGCAAGGCAGCCCCCAAGAACAAGCAACAGUAUGUGUGAGGAGCUGGCGCCCGGGGCGCCCUGUGGCACUGGCCUCUCAGCACGCAGGAGCCUCCCAAGAGUUUCUAUUUUUUAAUUGAAGCUCCCAAGUCUGACAAUCCGCUGCCGCGCGACCCGCCCUGAGGUGUAAUUAUCAUUAAAUCGUCUGUGACCAGCCAG